CAGUUUCAGAACUACUUUCGCCUCCUUUCCUUUCACUACAGCGCACUAUGGCCGAGCGUAAGCAGAAUUGGAACAAGGAGGAGAAUGAUGACUUACCGGUGUAUCUCGCCCGUCCCGGAACGGCCGACCAGGUACCCCGGCAAAAAUACGGAGGUAUGUUUUGCAACGUUGAGGGAGCAUACGAGAGCAAAACCAUUGAUUUUGAUGCGCUGAGCGUCGGUCAGCGUGGGAACAGAACCCCUAGGACUGCUAAACCGGAGACCGCGCAGGAGGCGAGGAGCCCUACAAGUGAGAGGUCUCCAUGUAAAGAAAGUGUAAUUUGGCACGAUAUGAGAGACUCUGGCACAGAGAGAAAAUGUACCAGAGGCAAGGAAGUCCUACAGAACCUGGGUGAUGAAAAGAGCGACAGGCUUCUGGUCAAAGGCGGGAGGAUUGUCAAUGAUGACCAGUCCUUUUAUGCUGACAUCUACAUGGAGGAUGGCGUCAUUAAGCAGAUUGGAGACAACCUGAUCGUCCCAGGAGGGAUCAAGACCGUCGAGGCCAACGGCAAGAUGGUGAUCCCCGGUGGCAUUGACAUCCACACACACUUCCAGAUGCCCUACCGGGGCACCACCACCGUAGAUGACUUCUCCCAGGGAUCCAAGGCGGCCCUGGCGGGGGGAACCACCAUGAUCGUGGACCAUGUGAUCCCAGAGCCGGGCAACAGUCUGAUUGAGGCCUUUGAGCAGUGGAGAAGCUGGGCCGAUGAAAAGACCUGCUGUGACUACUCCCUCCAUGUGGACAUCACCCAUUGGAAUGACAGCGUCAAGCAGGAAGUAGACACACUGCUCAAGGAGAAAGGUGUGAACUCUUUCCAGGUCUACAUGGCCUAUAAGGACUUCUACCAGAUGAGCAACAGUGAGCUGUAUGAGAUCUUUACCUUCCUGGGAGAGAUGGGUGGCAUUGUGCAGGUCCAUGCUGAGAAUGGAGAGAUCAUCGCCGAGGAGCAGGCACGCAUGCUGGAGAUGGGAAUCACUGGACCAGAGGGACACGUGCUGAGCAGGCCAGAGGAGCUGGAGGCGGAGGCUGUGUUCCGUGCCAUCACCAUUGCCAGCCAGACCAACUGCCCUCUGUACGUGACCAGGGUCAUGAGCAAGAGUGCUGCCGACAUCAUCUCACAGGCCAGGAAAAAAGGUAACGUUGUGUUCGGCGAGCCAAUCACGGCCAGCCUCGGGACUGACGGGACACACUAUUGGAGCAAGAACUGGGCCAAGGCCGCCUCCUUUGUGACAUCACCCCCCCUCAGCCCGGACCCCACCACCCCGGACUACCUGAACACGUUACUGGCCAGUGGUGACCUGAACGUGACUGGCAGUGCCCACUGCACCUUCAGCGUGGCCCAGAAGGCCAUAGGGAAGGAUGACUUCACUCAGAUCCCUGAGGGCGUGAACGGAGUGGAGGAGAGGAUGUCCCUCAUCUGGGACAAGGCUGUGACCACCGGCAAGAUGGACGAGAACAUGUUUGUUGCCGUGACGAGCACCAACGCAGCCAAGAUCCUGAACCUGUACCCCCGUAAAGGCCGGGUUUCCGUGGGCUCCGACGCCGACCUGGUCAUCUGGGACUCGGACGCUGUCCGCACCAUCACCGCCAAGACGCACAACUCGGCUGCUGAGUUCAACGUGUUUGAGGGCAUGGAGCUGCGUGGUGCCCCCUCGGUGGUGAUUUGCCAGGGGAAGCUGGUGCUGGAGGAUGGGAACCUGCACGCCAUCCCCGGGGUCGGUCGCUUCAUCCCAUGCACCCCCUUCCCAGACUUUGCCUACAAGCGCAUCAAGGCCAGGAAGCAGCUGGCAGUCCUGCGGGCAGUGCCCAGGGGCAUGUAUGAUGGCCCCGUGUCUGACUUCUCGCCCAUGUCCCGUGGCGGUACCCCCUCAGCGUCUGCCCGCACCUCCCCAACCAAGCAGCCCGUGAGGAACCUCCACCACUCGGCCUUUAGCUUAGCAGGUAACCCUGCACAACGCGGUCCCCCCACCACAGAGGAUCUCCCCAUCCGGCCAGCGGGACGCCGCAUCGUAGUUCCCCCCGGUGGUCGCUCCAACAUCACAUCCCUUAGCUAAGAGGUUGAACCAGGAUAGAGACCAGUCAGAAGAUGACAACAUCCACUGGGAGAAGACGGAGACAUGAUUAGUUACAAGUUAAGAGUUGAGCAAAACACUGAAUCCUCAUGCCUUACCAGCCACAAUGCUACCUGCUUAAGCUUCUAAAGCACAGUUUUCCUCCUCCUAGGGAAUUGCAGGUCAGUCGCUAGAACAACGGGUUAAUUUGAAGGAUAUUUGGCAAAACCUUUACACAAAGAUUGAAUUUGUAUGCCGUGGAAUUACAUGAGCAUGGUCAUAACCAGAAUAUAGGUAAUCAAUGUGUAUUACUGUCCCUCACUGUCAACAUUAGUCAUUGUUUUAACUGUGCAUUGACAGUUUAGGUUCUACUCUGAGUCCAUAAAAUAGUUCAAUGAACCUCAUGAUAACUGUCCAUGACCAAUGACCCACAGUGUUCCGAUGCCUGUUCCCCUAGGAAAAGUAACACUGCUUUUCUCAAAGCAAUUCUUAGUUUUUUUUCCCCCUUCCGUCACGUUCGGCUUUCAAUGUCACCCUUUUUUUGAGUACUAGUCUGCAGAUAUACGGUAGUUCGCUAUAGCGAUGUAAUAAUAACAUGCAGUGACGUCCAUUACUGAUAGGUGGCAUUGUGAGUAUGUAUGGUAGAUGUAACGUAGCUUUGUGAAAGAUGUUGUCGCUGGCUCCCUGGGUUGUUGAACCAGAAGUGAUAGUCAUUAACGAUAAAAAAAUAAAAAAUAAAUAAAAAAACAGGAAACAAGAUUUAAAUAAAAAAACACAUCUGGUAAUACAGAUAUUUUGUAAACAUGUAAUAGCAUGUUGGUAGAAAUGGUUGUCAUGUUUAUUUUCCCUUGCGCUCUGCUCCAUCCUGGCUGUAGAUUCCAUUGAGAAACUGUCCUUUGCAAUCGCUUCAAGCUUAAUGCCUGUUCCUAUACAUACCGUUUAGCAAGUCAUCUGGGGGGGUGGGGGGGGUAGUAAAAGGUAAAUGGAAACCCUUGCGCAAGAAAUACCAAGCUCAACUUCCAUGGCCUGGGUCGUGAAAUUGUAAUUCUGAGCUUUGUGAACAUUAAUGGAUAAAGAAAAUGAAAUGAUAAAGGUAACAAACCUGAUUUGAAAUAACAGUUAUUCACCUCUGUCUUUAUUUGUUAUUUUCAUGGCAAUGUGGGAUCUCGUUUUGAAGCAGCAGACCAUCAUAACCUGCAUUCAAGAACAUAACAUUGAAACAUAAUGUUGUGCUGUUUUAAAUCUCAACACUCUGAGAGUCUUCACAUUUCUGUACACUAUACCUGACCGACAGCCCUUAGCUUGGUGACUAACACCAAGGGGAAGACAGACAGGCUUAACCCUGGGUCACUCUCUUUCACAAUUAUUUUCUAUGCGUCUGUUUGGUCUACCUGUCCUAGACAAGGCAGUUGAUUGUAAUAUGUUUUCAGAAAGAGGCGAGGAGGAUGAGGAGAGCUUUAUUUUUGCUAUCCCAAUUAGCGGAGGAAGAGGUUGUGAGGAAGUCGUUGUGUUUUAACUUCAAGCAAUCCAAGUGGUGAUUAUAUUUAUGUUAGUUUGACUUGAUCUUUGUUAUUGUUUUUUUAUGUUCUUUUUUUUUUACUGUUGUAUCAAAACCCAGAGAAGGCAGGUAAAAAAAAACAUUGAGGUGUGAUGUGGUGUUAUGAACUGUUCCUGAAUAAACAUGAGUUGCAACUGA